AAUUGAUAGCUUGAGUCGUGUGAUAUGAACCCACCAAUAGAAUGGCGAGAUUUGUAGCCGAUGUGUAACAUUCAUGUAUAAUAUUGAGGUUAUAUAUUGAAGUUUCACAUCUAAUCCGUAAGCGGACUAUAGUGAGAAACAUAACAUCGGAAACAAAACGACAGGUCAGAGGCUAUUGAUUACAACCCAACAGCAGAGCCAUCCGACGUUGAGAUCGAUAAAUUUAUCUCAACGGAAUCGAUCUACAGAAAUCGUGGGAAUACAAAAAUAGUGAAUAUACCAAAAAGACUCAGUUCGGUUUUGCAAUUUAAAGGUUAUUAAAACGGAACCCAACAAACAUUUCUUCGAAAUGGAUUACCCCAAGCCGUUCGCUGCACCUAACACUACGCGUGCGAUAGCUGCAAUGGACCACAGUAUGUUGGAUGAUCUCUUGGAUGAUCUCAAGCCGUUCGCUGCACCUACCACUAGGCGAGCGAACGCUGCCAUCGAUGUCAGUAUGUUUGGUCAGUCGAGUGGUUUAGCAGAUGUGACGUUGAUUGUAGAAAACGUCCGCAUCCCUGUCAUCAAGGCCACUUUGAUGGUGACAUCGCCUGUGUUUCGAGCAAUGCUACAGGCUGAAUGUAAGGAAAAGGAUCAGAAUGAAAUCCAACUUCCAGGCAAACGAUUGGAAAGCUUCAUUCCAUUUCUUCGUUGUAUUUACCCAGAUCUUAAGGACCGAGUUACAGCAAACGAUGCCGCAAUCAUUCUACCGUUGGCAUCGGAAUAUCAAGUCGUCAAGUUAAUGGAGCAAUGUGAAGAUUGUCUGCUUUUCUUGAUUGAACAAACGACGAAUAUGUACAUGUCAUGCGAAAGUCUUUGCAAAUAUUUAAAUCUAGCUGAAAACUGCGACCGACAACGUCUAAGAGAAACGUGCGCCGUUUGGGUUUCUACAUUUCCACUAAAUGACAGAAAGCGCUACAUCACACAAUAUAAGAUAUCAGCAGAAAGUGAGCUUCAGAUCUCAAACUGUGCAUGUACAAGGCAUGAACUUUUUGAAGCGGAUGCAAGAGCACUACAAAAAGAACAAACCGACAUUUUUUUGCAUGUUAAAAAAAACACUUCAUUUCAGUACGAAAACAAAAGUACCGUCGCCGAAGUAUUUACUGGUUUACGAAUAGCUUAUUAUUUCAAUGGACGACGGUCAACUGAGUAUAGAAGACGCAUCGAAAACAUGCGUGAUAUAUGUUUCAAGAAUCCUAAUGAUAUUCCCGUUUACAACGAAUUUAAAACUCUUCCCCACGAUUUGAAAUUUGACCUCCAAGAAAUAAUCCCUGGUUUCCGGAAGAUAUAAAGCUCUGUUUGUCAUACUGAAGUAUGUGAUGCGUAUAUAAGAGUGGUUGUUUUGUGUGUGUGUGUAAAAUAUGCUAUAUAUCAUUUAUACAGAACCUACAAGAUUGAUGUUGAAUACAUUUUAAAGAUACCUUAUUAUGUUAGGCGAAGAUAAUUAAUUGCGCGAAGCGAGCAGUAUUAUACCGCUUUCUUUUAUAUCUUAGUAGUGAUAUACGAUAUGUUUAACAUGGCGUCCUUCAAAAUUCCCUUGAAAUACAUGGAUAAUCGUAGAAUAUAAUGUUUAAUUAAGAUUAUAAAUAACAUGAAUGAUUGAUAUGGAUAUUUUAGGCGAGCUGUACAAAUAUUAAAGAAUAGGAAAAUAGGACCAGUCGUGUAAUCUAUAACGUAAUAGUAACAGCGUAAGCCAGGAACAGCUAGUGUUUUGUAGAUCGAGACUUACUCUUUACUUUUGUGUAGCCCAUUUACAAAUAUAAUGUAUAAAUUGGUUUUUGUUUUUGCUUUUGCAAUAUGUGUUAAAAUCUGCGUAGAGUAGAUACUUGUUUUCUUAUCUGUCCGCUUGUGUUAAUAAAAACGACAUUCAUUCGCCAGCAUGUUAAUUUCCGUCAUAAAUUCCUCAGUGAUGACAUCACCUUAUCGUUAAUUGUUUAAACUUAUAUCGACAGAACACAUAGGUUGAUCAGGUUGCACAUGUUACAGGAAAGCGAGACUUAUCUUUUUGACAUUUUUUUGCCUUUUCUGCGAAUUGAAUUAUUAUAUAUCAUUCAUUGUGUCCUUAAACGGCCCAUCAUACAUGAGUGCUACAUGCUGAAGGAACCUUUUUUUUGCAAGCUUGUUAAAGCCUCUGCAUUGUAUAUCAGACCAUCCUUUAAAUGGGAACAACCGUUAAAUCUAUGAUGAUAGCUUCAUAGUGUUUCAUAAUGAAAACUUCUCAUACUUAGGUGUUAAUAGGAACUGCGGACAAGUUUUCAAAAUGUAUUCAAUAAGAACCUUAAUAAAAAUAUAUACCUACAGUGGGUUGAACACGCCAGAAAGCUGGUGUCAGAGAGAGCUUAGUGCUACAGUACAGUUAGCUUUGUACAUCACGUGACUUAAUCUUGACUACAAACAGUAAUAGUAAAACAACUCUAACUUAAUUGACAGCAUAUUUUAAAAGGGUGUAAACCGAUCUUGAUAUGUGAAUGCGAGUUUUUCUUUGCUAAAGUAUAUUCCUAUAAUAAAUACAAGCUGAAAAGAACCUUUUACAUGUAUAUAAAAUUAUAACAUAAUAUAGUUUGAAGACUUACGUGCAUUCAAAAAAGAUGUUUAUUCUACAACAAUUAAGAAGACUUUCACAAACAUCAUUUAAAUAACUCGUGACAUUCGAUAAACGAGUCUUGCCUUGCCUCUACCCUUGAACAAGUUGAACUAGAUAUUUAGCCGGUGUAAAUCUAUGUCACUUAUGUUGACAGAUCGACAAUUUUAAUUAUGUCCUUGUUUGUCAUCGAGUCGAAUGAUUUGCGACUAUUAAUGAUGUUGAGGUUGAAAAUAUUGUAUUUUAUAAAUUAUAUCAUAAAAAGCAUAUCCAGGCGUACGUUUCUUUUCUAUACGGUGACCGCCUAUGAUAAUAGUGUCAAGUUCAGAUGAUUUUUCAAUAACCCAUUAAAACUUCUCCUUAAAGGGACCUUUCCACAGAUUUUGGCAUGUAUUGAAGUUUGUCAUUAAGAACAUAAUAUUGAUAAAUGUAAAUAUUGGAACUUAAAAGCUCAAGUAAAAAAACAAGUAUAAAAUUAAAGGUACAAAUUUAAGAAAGAAAGAAAAAGUAACCUUCAACUUGGCUCGAACCAUUGACCCAUGGAGUAAAUGUCUAUCGCUUAGACCACUCGGCCAUCCGUGCUGAAACAAUGUGUGAUUGAUUUUUAUACUUUAUAGAAGCAAUCCCCGUAGUAUCACAACAUAUAAAGACAACAACAGAACUCUCCAAAUUAUUCAAUCGUUUCGCGUUGCAACGCUUUAAAAUUUUCAGGUUUUUGAAUCGUCAAAAGAGGCAUUAAUUGAUAUUUUAGAGCAUGGUUAACGUUCAGUAGUACUGUUUCUUCGAAAUUUGCGAAUCUGAAACAUUUUUGUUUUAUUUUGUAAAUUUACCAAAAGGAUAAGUGGCCCCUUUAAAAGGGCUUUGUGUAUACUUUUGCUUUGUCAGCUCGUUGUUAACAUUUAUGCUGUCGGGAAUUGAACCCGGGUUUCAAUGGUGAGAAGUACUUGUACCAUAAAUAUUAUAUAUUAUUUUAACGUAGCAAUGUAUAAACAUAAUGCGAUAAAACUACGCAGUCGCAUCACGCUUACAUGUACUUAUUAAAACGUUGGAGUUAUUGUUUAUAAUGAACAAAGGAGGAGCGUACAUUAUAAUACCACUUGUGGUCAUGACAUAGUGUUAUAGUAAAAACCAUAAAUCCCAUUAUUGGUUAAACAUGGUUUAAUCGAGCUUUUUAUUCUGAAAUAUAUAUUCCUUUUUGUUUUGUGACAACUGACAUUACUCUAAUUAGCAUGAAAUAUAAAACAAUACUAUCUUUGCACAUAAGCUUUAAAAAUACCCAUGUUUCAGGCAGACUAUGUUUUGAUUUUAUAUGUAUGUGAAUAAAAUAAUCCAUAUUU